AUGGACUCCAGGGCGCACCAGGAGCUGCUCCGAAGGCUGGUGGUCAAUCUUGCAGUCCAGCAUGAGGAGGUUCACGAGGACCUAGAUCCUAUGGUGGACAUCAUAGCGGCAGCGGGCCCUGGUCGAGUGGCGCUCCCACUGAAUAAAACGGUGGACAAGCUGUCUAAAACUCUGUGGCAGACACCAGCUUCUAUCGCACUGACCCAGAAGGGGGUCGAGAGAAGGUACUAUGUACCCCAGGAGGGGCACGAGCAUCUUUUUACCCACCCGGCUCCGGGAUCCAUAGUGGUUCAGGCCGCUGGGCAGAAGGAGCGCCAAGGGCCUCCAGGUCCUACUCCGAAGGCGAAGGAGCCUAGGAGAUUGGACCUAUUUGGCUGGAAGGCCUAUGCCACGGGGGGCCUCCAGCUACGUAUAGCUAACCAGCAACUGAUGCUGGGGCGUUAUGCUUUUAAUACAUGGGCGUCUAUGCAGAAAUUUGCCAGCCAGCUUCCUCCCGAAUCCCGCCAGGAAUUCAGGGCCCUGACGGAAGAGGGACAAGCUGUGGCGCGUACCUCUCUCCAGGAGGCCUUGGACGCAGCUGAUUCGGCAGCCCGUAAUAUGGCCACAGGGGUUAUGAGGCGAAGUGCCUGGCUGCAGGUGUCUGGCAUCCCGCCCGAGGUGCAGACCACCAUUCAGGACCUGCCCUUUGAGGGGCCGGCCUUGUUUUCAGAGCAGACUGAUUCCAAGCUGCAUAGCUUGAAGGACUCAAGGAAGCCCCCAAAAAACUCCAGGAAGUGGUUAGUAUUAGACCAGUCGAAGUCCAAGGCCACCCUCCCCUUUACACCUAUCUGCAGGUUGUUCAGGAGCUCAAAUCUGAAUAUCAAUGAUGUCUUGGGAAACUACUCUCUAACCUUGAUUGAUGCACUGGAUACCCUAGCGAUAAUGGGAAAUUCUUCAGAGUUCCAGAAAGCAGUGAAGUUAGUGAUUGACACAGUCUCAUUUGACAAAGAUUCUACAGUCCAAGUCUUUGAGGCAACAAUAAGGGUUUUAGGAAGUCUGCUUUCUGCACACAUAAUAAUUACAGAUACCAAACAACCCUUUGGUGACAUGGCCAUUAAAGAUUAUGAUGAUGAACUCUUACAUAUGGCUCGUGACCUGGCAGUAAGGCUGCUACCUGCUUUUGAGAACACCAAAACUGGAAUUCCCUAUCCUCGGGUGAAUUUGAAGAACGGAGUCCCUCCUGACAGCAAUAAUGAGACCUGUACAGCAGGAGCUGGCUCUUUGUUGGUGGAGUUUGGCAUUCUUAGCCGGUUGCUUGGGGAUUCCACGUUUGAAUGGGUGGCACGACGAGCUGUUAAAGCACUCUGGAGUCUUAGGAGCAAUGACACUGGACUACUAGGAAAUGUGGUGAAUAUUCAAACUGGCCAUUGGGUUGGAAAGCAAAGUGGCUUAGGAGCGGGUUUGGAUUCAUUCUAUGAGUAUCUGUUGAAGUCUUACAUCCUUUUUGGAGAAAAAGAUGAUCUAGAGAUGUUUAAUGGUGUAUAUCGAAGUAUUCAGAACUACUUAAGACGAGGACGAGAAGCUUGUAAUGAAGGUGAGGGAGACCCUCCUCUGUAUGUUAACGUAAACAUGUUCAGUGGGCAGCUGAUGAACACCUGGAUUGACUCUCUGCAAGCCUUUUUUCCUGGACUACAGGUUUUAAUAGGAGAUGUGGAAGAUGCUAUUUGCCUCCAUGCCUUCUAUUAUGCCAUAUGGAAACGCUAUGGAGCUCUUCCAGAGAGGUACAACUGGCAGUUGCAGGCUCCAGAUGUCCUUUUCUAUCCCCUGAGGCCAGAAUUGGUGGAAUCUACAUAUCUCCUUUACCAGGCCACAAAGAAUCCUUUUUACCUUCAUGUAGGCAUGGACAUUCUUCAGAGAAUGGAAAAAUACACAAAAGCCAGAUGUGGCUAUGCUACGUUGCAUCAUGUCAUAGAGAAGUCAAAAGAGGACCGGAUGGAAAGCUUCUUUCUCAGUGAAACAUGUAAAUAUUUAUAUCUGUUGUUUGAUGAAGAGAAUCCUGUCCACAAAUCUGGAAAUAAAUAUAUGUUUACUACUGAGGGGCACAUUGUGUCUGUGGAUAAACGUUUUCGUGACUCGCUAUGGAAAGAUACUUUCCCUGAAGAAGAGGAAAGGAAUGCAGAAAAACUAAAGCCUAGCGAAUUAAAAGCCAUGAACUCCAGCUCUAAUUGCAAUAGGGUUCCUGAUGAGAGAAGAUACUUGUUGCCACUGAAGAGUAUUUACAUGAGACAGAUUGAUCAAAUGGUGGGUUUGAUCUGAAUGAGUUCUCCAAAGUAAUGUUUCAUAAUAUACAAGGAACAUGGACUCUGAUUCUGAUACAACAUUGUCAACUGCGAUGCAACCUUACAUUCACCGAGUCACUUGAAUGCCACUAUUUCUUACGGAUUUAGCUAUAAACCGAGGGAAGAUUUAAUUGUCUUCUGUAGUGAAAUGUAGUUAAGCAAUGGGAACUCUAAAUACAAUUUGAGCAGAGUGCUAGCCUGAUACAAUUUCAUACAGCAAAGCUUGUAUUACAAAUUAUUUCUGGAUAAUCUUGGAGCACACACUUUUAUUUUUUUAAAAGAGCAAUUGGCAUAUGCCAUAAGUUAUAUUGCCACCUUUUUGUAGCUGUAUUUAUAAAUGAUGAUCCUUUGGAAGAAGUUUAGUAUCAAAGUUGAAAAUGUUUUGUUGGACAGGAAAGGGAAUGUGCAAUUUUAUCACCAAGUUUAAUCAUUUGGGUUGUUCUGUCUAGCAAUAACAAUAUUAUUUGUUCCUCAGGUAGAAAAACACUUGUAAUGAGUUUUGGUCGAAACAAAAUUUUGAACAACAGCUUUGAGAGGCAACUCGUAGUCAUAAGAGUUCUUGGUAUAGUCCUGAGAUAUUUUAAACAGGCCUCUUAACGUGAAUUUUGCAUUCACAAAAGCAUACUAACUAUAGUAACCAAUAAUUGAAGAACAAGGUGCCUUUGUAUGGAAAUGCACAAACCAUUCUGAAUUGUUUGAACUGCUCAACUUCUAUUGCUUAGCUGAACAGAUGGUCAGAAGUAUUCUUAAGUUAUUUUUGUCACAUACAAAUGUAAUGUCUUUUGCAAAGAGAUCCCGAAGAAAAAACUGACAAUAUGAAAACAAGGGAAUUAUAUUCUUGAUAGUGUUUUUUUGGGUUAGUGCCUUAAGUGUAUUUUUGCUCAUGAGAAAAAAAACCUGAGCUGCUAUUUGAGUGGGAAUGUAUUUUUGUUAAAUGGAAUCAGUUACUAUUGGAGUGCCUUGGUCAUACAACUUUGAAUCCCAAAGAAACUGAGGUUGGUAUUUUAGAUACUGGAAGGAUGUUUCCUAUUUGUAUCCCAAAGAAUGUUGGAUUUUUUUAUGCAUUUUUUUCUGUCAAUCCAGUCAAAUAUUGUACAAUGUGUGCUUAUGGGUGUUACCAUGUUUGAGAGUAGAGCCUACAAUAUGCUGAGAUCCAUUUUCGAUAGAGGGUGGCAGCAGAGUGCACUUGUCAACUUUCAGGAGGUGUGCAGCAGUUCAUAGAUCAGGCCAGUAGUGGCUAGUAACACUGAGCUCAGUCUUGCCCUGUGAAAGUGCAUCUCCAAGAU